UUUUGAGAUUGUUUGGCUGCGGUUCAGCUCAAAAUCGAAUUCUAUUAUACUUUGCACAGCAAAAUUGGAAGUUCAUCUUCUGCAAAUGCACUUCACUCUCCGCAUCCAUUGAUACCCAAAUUCUGCUAUACAUUACCACCCAGCAAACAACAAUGGCUCAUCUCUUGGGAAGAUUCUCCGCUCCUUUCAUCGUCAGGCCAACCGCCGUCUCCGCUUCUGCUUCUGCCUCCUCCAACAACCAAUCUUCCCUCUCCUACGGCCUCGAUGCCAGCUUCAUCAAGCGGGCGGCGGAGCUCGCCGAUAAAUCCGCCGGAUUCACCGCCCCUCACCCCAAUUUCGGUUGCGUGAUUGCCGCCGCCGACGAUGGCGGACGAGGAGGCGCCGCGACGGUGGGGGAGGGGUAUUUGUAUGCGGAGGGGACCACGGCUGCUGAGGUGCAGGCGGUGGAGGCUGCUGGGGAGCUCUGUAGAGGCGCCGUUGCUUAUCUGAAUAUGGAACCCGGCGACUCGGGUAGUGACACCACUGCCGUCUCUGCUCUUAUCCAGGCAGGAAUUUCAAGAGUUGUCAUUGGGAUUCGCCAUCCUCUGCAACAUCUUCGGGGAAGUGCAAUCCGUGCACUAAGAAGUGAAGGUCUACAGGUUGAUGUGUUAGGAGAGGAUCUAGAUAGCAAAAUUUUUGAGGAAGCUCUUAAAUCCUGCCUUAUCGUCAAUGCACCUUUGCUUUAUAGAGCUGCUUGCCAAGUUCCAUUUUCUGUUCUUAAAUAUGCAAUGACCCUUGAUGGGAAAAUUGCUGCUAGUAGUGGACAUGCAUCUUGGAUCAGCAGCAAAAAGUCAAGAAGUCGAGUUUUUGAAUUGCGGGGACGAAGUGAUGCUGUCAUUGUUGGAGGAAAUACUGUGCGUAAAGAUAAUCCACGCUUGACUGCUAGACAUGGAGGUGGCCAUAUACCCCGCCGAAUUGUGAUGUCACAAUCUCUAAAUCUUCCUGAUGAAGCUAAUAUUUGGGAUGUUGCUGAAGUCCCUUCUAUAGUUGCAACACAAAGAGGUGCUAGAAGAAGCUUUCAAAAAUUUCUCGCUUCCAAAGGGGUUGAAGUAGUAGAGUUUGACAUCUUAGACCCAAGAGAUGUUAUGGGGUACCUUUAUGAUCGUGGUUACCUCUCUGUAUUGUGGGAGUGUGGAGGGGCACUGGCUGCUUCUGCAAUUUCAUCUGGAGUCAUACACAGGGUGCAUGCAUUUGUUGCGCCAAAAAUUAUAGGUGGAAAAAAUGCACCAACUCCAGUGAGUGAUCUUGGAAUGGUAGAGAUGACACAAGCUUUGGAAUUGAUUGAUGUUUGCUAUGAGCAGAUUGGACCUGACAUGCUUGUUAGUGGAUUUCUUCAUCCAGUUCCAGACCUCACGCCUGUUAUUCCGUCUGUAGAAGAAACUUCUGAAAUUGAUCCUACCAUUUCUCCUUAUGAAUCAAGCAUCAUAUUCUUUUAUAAAACAUGGGAGCAGUAUGGUUCCUUUUCAAACUUCUCUCACCACCCAAUUCAAAUGCCUGAUGAAACCGGAGAUACUGUCACCUGGUCCAGUGUAGAGCAUUAUUACCAGGCACAGAAAUUUACCGGAGUGCCUGAUCCUGUGGCUCAAAACUGUAUUGAAGACAUAAAAAAUGUAAAGAGCCCCGAGGAAGCAGCACGUAUGGGAAGGAGAAUACAGAGGCAACGACCUGAUCUGGUAAGGUCAGAUUGGGAAUCCAUCAAGGUUGAUGUCAUGUAUAAGGCCUUGAAAUGCAAGUUCACAACAUAUCCUCAUCUAGAGUCUUUGUUGGUUGCAACAGCAGGAUCGGUUCUCGUAGAAGGCUCACCCCAUGAUCUCUUUUGGGGAGGGGGCCGGGAUGGAGAAGGUCUAAAUUAUCUCGGAAGACUGCUGAUGCGGCUGAGAUCUGAGUUUCUAGACAAGAAGAGUUCAGCAUCAAAUAAAAACUCAAUUGACCAACAAGCAAUCGGAAAUAAACCCAAGUAAGUGCGGUGUAAACAAAAUAGUAGAUCAAAGCUCCCUUUGGAAGAGUGGUGAGAUUGGAGCUCCCUGAUAGUAGACCGCUCCAACCGCUCUCCCAAGUAUGCUUAAAUUAGUUGAAUAAAUAAGAUCAUCCACGUUUUUUUUUUUUUU